UUUAGGGAGAUAAAUUUUUGAGAGUUGGGAACACUGGGCACUGGGUCAAUCCCUAACCUAAAAAAUGCCCAGAUUUUUUAUAUUAAUAAGUGGUUUUUAAAUUGAGUUUCAUGGAAUAUAUUAAAGGAAAUGGCAAAAAUACGAAGAAACACGCUAGAAGUCUCAGCUCUUCAGAUAUGUUUUCUGAUGAAGCUUCUACCUCAAAAAACACCAAAUUAUCAGAUCAAACAAACGAUAGUACACCGAUACGUAGGAACAUAUCGGACGAGGAAGAGAGUCCUUACUUCCCUUGUUCUACACAAGAGGUAAAUGAAGAUGUGGACGUGUUGUGGGACUGGAAUUCUCCCCAGGCGAAACCAAAAGUUCCAUUUAAACGUAAGUCUAAAAAGAGGUUGGAUCUUCAGCCACCUAAAGCACCUUUGAGAAGGCACUUAUCUGCGAGCAGUGAGCAAAUAAAGCAUGAUUUUGAUAAAAUAAGGGAAGAAUUGCGAGCCCUUAAAGAUGAAAUUGCUCAACCUGACCAUGAAGAAAGUCUUAUGCUGUCCCCUAGAGAGGAAGCUGCUUUUAAAAGUGAAGAUGUACAUGGUUUUAUAGAUGAUGUGAGUGUUUUUGUGAAUAUGCUUGAAGAAUCUCCUAAGAGACCCUCAAAAUAUGACUCUGAUGAUGCAAUUUUUAACGAUGGCUUGGAAGAUCAGCUUAUUUUGUGCAGUCAAAGAAUAGAGAGUGAUCUUCUUCAAGCAAAUCCUGUAAAAUGUGAUAAAGAAAACAGUGUGGAGAGUUCUAAAAGCAAGCCUGUUUGUCCUAAUAUAACAGAUACCUUAAAUAAUACCCUUGAAGACAUUCUGUGUCAAGCCGGUAGUGAUUUUGAUGAACUAACUCAAAUAGUGGAUAUUAAGAAUUUUGAGAAAAAACAAAUUACAUUUCCUAGAUCAAAUUCAGAGAAUACUUCUAGCCAAACAGGAAAAGUUGAAUGGCAUAGAACACAAAGUUUUGAGACUUACAAUGCAACAAUUUCAAAGGAAACAAUUAAGGAAAUUGAAAGAAAAAGAUUGGAAGCUAAGGCAAAAUUGGAAGCAAAAAGAAAGCACGAACCCAUAACUGAAUUUACAGAUUCUCCAAUAAAAUGUUCUCCUGAAGAAAUUGAAAAGAAAAGACUGCAAGCAUUGGCCAAACUCGAAGCCAAACGACAGCAAGAUGUGAUAGAAAAAAAUAAAAGAGAAGCCUUGAAAAGACUAGAACUAAACAGGAAAAAAAAUGCUACACAGGCAAAAAGCUUAUUGUACAAGAAACUCUAGUUCCAUACCAAGGUAAAAAUCAUCAUAUAUAUUGAAACUAUUUAUUGUAAGUCUGUUUUAUUAUAUAAAAAUAUAUCUUAUAUUUUGAUUA